AUCGUUUUAAUAUCCUUAAGUUAUUUCUAAGUUAUUAAAUAAGCUUACAACUAUAAGGUAUGACUACAACCUUGAGCACGGAUGAUGACUUAGUGCCGACUGGGGUUCUCUUUUGCAGAUCACAGUCGCCAGAUUCGUACAGGCAGAAUGAUUUAUCACAAGAAACAGAGUCCAAAAAAAGGAAGAUGACAGACUUCUUCGCAAGUAGUAGUCCAAAGAAAGCGAACCUUGGCAAUAAUGCAAAUACGUCAAAUCAUCUCAUCUGUUUGCCAAGGGAGGAGCAGCCGAUAUUUUCUCUAGACAAUGGAGAUGAAUUUGGUAUAACGUUGCUACUUCAGCCACCUUUGCCACCUCCAAAUCCCCCAAGUAGCUACCCACCUAACCAGUGUAGACGAUGGUGGGUAAAAAAAGAGAAUGUCGCAUCAAUAAAGCUGAAUGAUGCUUUAAGUGAGAUUAAAGAUCUAUUUGAAUCAGAUCAUACGUUCACACUUCAAUACUUUGAUGGCAUCCAGCAAAUGCCAAUAGUUAAUGACAAAGACCUGCAAAGCUGUCUGCGUUAUUUUUCUGCUAAUGCAAGUAACGUGAAAUACAACACAAACCUGUGUCGCAUAUAUUUGGAGAAAAAAGUAACCAAGAUAAAAGAAUGCUUUAAGGCAUCUAUUCAGGUCGAGUCCAAGAAAGCAGCACUCACACGGGAGGUAACAGAUGCAGUGCUCAAUCGCACAGAUACAAGCAAAGAAAAGGGUAGAAAGAAGCGACGAGUAGAGGAACGACUAGAAGAGUUUUGUGCUCGAGUUCUGAGUAAACAUGGAGACAAGGCCAAAGUGAUAAACAAAGGUACAGUUCAAUGCCUCUAUGAGAAAUCCUGCAACAAAAACGUUGCCUGCAAAGAGUAUAAUAUCCAGAAUUUCGAAAAGCAUGUUAAAUCGUGCCACAGUUCUAAAACGACCCAUGGCGAAGAUAUAAGAAUGCUGCUAACAUUGAUAGCACAAAACCAGAAAAAAACAGUGCCAAUGUCAGAGGAGCCAGAGAGUCGUGCAGAGAAUUCCAAUGCAAAGAAUUCAGAUGCAGAGAGUUCAGAUGUUGAGGCAUUGGGCAUAGCAUGA